UGAACCGACGCAUGCGCUCGCGUCGCAAGUCUGGCCUCCGAGACCGUUCCGCCAUUUUGUUUGAACAGCUGUCAAAUUGGUGCUAGUGCCCGUUGAAAGUGAAAAAAAAAAACCAAAAACAAAAUGGCGGUGUUAAAGUUUGUGUUGUGUUUAAGUUUCGUGCAUAUGGCGUUUGCAAAAGGAUCUGAAGCCCAGAUCGAAUGCACGCCGGAGUACAUGAGAGUCACCGUACCCAUGGACGGAGACAGGAAGUUGUCCUAUCUUGACCAGCUCAAAGACUACUCUCCCUGCGUGCCGACUGUGGAAGGUAACCUGGCGACAUUCAUGCUGGACCUGCAGGACUACCAGAAGUGCGCCGUCACCAGAGUGCUGCAUCGAUACACGGGUAAACGCACAUACUACCACAAGAUCGUGAUAGAGGACGGUUCGGGCGGACGGGAGACAGUGACGGUGCGAUGUGUGGUGAGCGGCAAGACGCGCGCGUUGACGCGGCGCGCCGCUGAGGACUUCCCUCUCAACUUCAACGAGCCUGAUAUCCUGGAUAUUACGAGGUACAUGGAAGGCCGCGCUCCUGAGCCCGUUUUAGGGGCUCUUGUGAAGCAAAAUGGAAAACAGGUAUCCGGCGAAAUAUCAGUGACCCCCGGCACUCCUCUCUCGAUGGAGAUCUUCCUGGACAACUCAUCAGCACCUGUGUACGGUCUGCUGGUUGGGUACAUGCAUGUCACUGACACGGGGAAACAGCAGGAGACAAUUAUAUUUAACGGUUGCUCAGUGGAUCCGUACCUCUUCGACAACUUCCUGACGACGGACGGCAAGAACCUCACAGCGAAGUUCAGAGCAUUUAAGUUCCCUGACACUACCUAUGUGCAGUUCAAAGGCACUGUUACCGUGUGUCUGGAUAAGUGCCAAGGGGUUGAAUGCAGUAACGGAGUAACAGCAUACGGUCGUAAGCGCCGCUCGGUCGCAUCCGGUGCUGAUGCUAACAAAGUGUACGAAGUGUCGCUUACUACCAUCAUCAAGGUGGACUGGGCUGACGGGAAUAAGAAGGAAGAGGAGGUCCUCACUCUACUAAAGAACUUAAAAUACGCAAACCAACUGUUGGGUGACAGAGACGGCACUUCAGCAACUAUCUCCGAGCAGACCCAGGAUAACAGACUAGUCGUUAACAAAGAAGAAUUUCCCCAAACCCCCGAAAUGCCUAACAAUUCCAACAUACAAACAUACAGCUUUUUACUUGUAAUAGUUACCCUAUCAUUAGUUCUAUGUAAAUAAACAAGGGGUAGAAACGACCGUGAUGGAUGAUAAUAUGACGAAUGUAUAACAGUGGUUAUUUUCGGGUUAACCAUAGAUAUUUUUCGCUUCUGUUUUUUUUUUAUUGGUGAGGUUCUUUUCAAUGUAUGCAUCUGAGACUGUAUUUAUUUUUUUAUUUAAUUGGGAUAUUUUUGAGUGAAUUGAUAUUUUUCGCUUAUUAUUAGGUCCUUUUUAAUGUGCGAUCGAUUGAAAUGAUACUCCAAUUUUUUUCAACGACAAAAUGUUUAUACCUAUAUAAGAGACAAUUAAUAUGUUUAUGUAAUUAAAAUUAAAUAGAAUAUCUUCCUAGGUAUAUCUUAAAUAAAAUUACCUAAGUAAAUAAAAAAAAGAUCGUAGACGUACCUAGGUAUCACUAAAUUGAUACAUAGGCAUGCCUAUGCCUAAUAAUAAUAUCUACUUUAUAUUUACCUAUUUUUACCUACUUUUUUAACUCAUAUGUAGUUUAUAACAUUUUGAAAAUUAUUGUGAUUGAUUAAUUAAUUAUUAUUUUAACUUUCAAAAACUCAUCGAAAUAAUUCUUUAGAUUAAGACUAAGAUUAAUUUUUAAGUCAAAGUGAUUUAAAAUUAAAACUAAAAUUUAGUGCCUUCUUAACAUAAAAUUUAGUCUGAUAUUAAUAAAAUGCUAACGCAUUUAAGAUUCACUAGUCUUAAAAUAAUAAUGUUAAAUACCUAUACAAUAAGAAAUAGACAAUUUAAAUUAAAUGAUUUCAAUUUAAUUCUACACAUACUUAAUCCAGUGACGUUUUAAUAGUAUUUUCAACUACACUAAAAUAUUAAAAUAGCGAACCAAAACAUUCUUUAGUACCCGACUACUUAGUUAAUUU